AUGUGGCGAGGCGCGAGAAAUGGUGAUAUUGGCAUAGCUGACAAUAAGGGUAAAUUUGUGUCAAAUACAAUUCGGAAUAUCGAGGGUUCGGCAGUCUACUUCGUACUUUCGCCCGAAUGGAAGGCAGCUGUCACGGAAAAGGAGAAAGUCUACCUCAUCGUUUUUGCUCUCCUUUAUUUUAUCAGUUUAUUUGUCUUCUCGUACUGCCUGGUUGUAGAUAAAGCCAUGGUGCAUUCUUUGCAUCUUAAAGCAUUUGUGAACAUGCAAGCUCACACGCCACUACUGCAGAAGGUCAAUCUUGAAGCGAAAGUUACUUUCACAACCGGCAUUUGGUACAAGAAUGCAGAAACAUUAGUCAAACCGGAAAAAAGCUCUGGCGGCUACGUCGGCACCUAUCCACUCAUCUAUGAGGAGAUGUAUCAAGCGCACACUCUGUACUACUCCUGCUUGAACAACAACUUUCGCACCUCACCUGUCCUCACUGCCUCCAGUCUCUUCCUUAUCGUGGGUAGCGUGGUCUACGCAUUCGCAGGACCCCUUGUUAUCCUCUCACGUUCUGCUUUUUAUCACUGCGCCAUGGUUGGCUCGAUGCUACUAGCCUUCUUUGUCCUGCUGAACCUUGCUGCAUGCAACUUCCUCUUCGACUGCCUUCGACGAUCACAGGCCAUGCAGAUAGACGACCAUGGAAAUUAUGUGGAGAAUAUGCAAGGAAACAACAUCUUUGACGUUAGGACUCGCAUGGAAGAAGCCACCACGGCUAAGGUGGCUACAUACCUCACAGUGCUAGGAUUCCUGCCCAUUGUGAUCAUGGGCAGUUUGGCGGAGAAGAUUUUGGGCUACCGUGUUACUCUCGGUCGCACGCCCUCAUUGUUCAUACUGAUGGGAAUCGACAAGAAUAAGCUAGAUUACUAUUAUGGACUCAUCAGUGAAACCAUUCUCUCGCUUCAAGAUGUUGUGACGGGACUCAUUCCUGCUUCCCCCUCAAAUCCUCACGCGUGGGUCAGAGACAAUGUUUACGCAUCUCUUUCGAUAUGGGGGCUUUCUAUGGCUUAUCGCAAAGUUCCAGAUGUGGACGAAGAUCGGUCGCGGGGUUAUGAAUUGGAAAAAUGUGUUGUUAACCUAAUGAGAGGAAUAUUGAAGUGUUACAUGUAUCAAGCAGAUAAGGUGGAGAGCUUUAAAAAGACCCAAUGCGCUAGUUCCUCUCUACAUGCGAAGUUCGAUUCUCGGACUUGCAAAGCUGUUGUUGGGGACUACGAAUGGGGACAUCUUCAAAUUGAUGCGGUUUCGCUCUAUCUACUUGCGUUGGCUCAAAUGACUGCAUCGGGACUUCGCAUCAUCUGGACUGUUGAUGAAGUUGCUUUUAUUCAAAAUCUCGUGUUUUACAUCGAACCUGCUUCACGAAUUCCAGAUUAUGGCAUUUGGGAGCGCGGUGAUAAAACCAAUCACGGCCUUCCGGAACUAAACACCAGUUCUGUGGGUCUCGCUAAAGCGGCGUUGGAGUCGUUGAACGGCCUAGAUCUUUUUGGACCUCAGGGUGGUGCCAACUCUACAAUCCACUGCCUCAUGGAUGAAUGUCAAAAAUGCAACACAGUUCUUGAAAACAUGCUCCCUCGAGAGUCGUAUUCAAAGGAAACAGAUGCAGCCCUACUGGGAAUUAUAAGCUAUCCUGGGUUUGCUGUCACUGACGAGGCACUUAUCGAGCGAACACGAAACACAGUAUUGUCCAAACUUUUGGGCAGUUAUGGAUGCAUCCGAUUCCUUCGAGACGGUUACAAAACGGCUAGAGAGGACCCUAGUCGUUUGCAUUAUGAGCCUUGGGAGUUGCGAAUGUUCGACGGCAUAGAAUGCCAGUGGCCACUUUUUUUCACCUACCUUGUUAUCGGUGCAUGCUUUAAUGACAAAUUUGAUCUGGCCAAAAAGUACAUGGAUCAGUUGGACCAAAUCGUGCUCCAUCGGAAAAUUCCCCAUGAUAGACAUGAUGAUCCGGUGAUACAGCUGACCACUAGAAAGCCCGCCACAGAUACCGACGAUGCACUCUACCCCAUCAUGCCAGAGCUUUACUCUCUGCCGGGGGAAAAAAUAGACGCGGAGCUAAAAGCGCACAACUCGCAGGUGCGUAUUCCCAUCGGCUCGGCGCCGCACCUCUGGGGCCAGUCGAUGUACAUCCUAUCUCGCCUAAUCAUGGACCGCCUCCUGUUGCCUGGCGAGAUUGAUCCUCUUGGUCGACGAAUGGCCUCGGAGCCAAAACCCGACUUGGUCGUGCAGAUUGUCGUGUUAGCGGAGGAUGAUCUGGUGAAGGAGCGUCUGGCGGAGUUUAAUCUGGAUGUGCAGACCCCCUCGGAGGUGGUUUGUGACUCUGGAAUUCAGAUAUACUCAGCUAAGGUGCUCUUACAAAUCUACAAUCAGCUUGGCGGCUGUCCCAAGCUUGGCCUCUCAGGAAGAACGGCUAGGGAUCUCGGUGUGAUUGCGACAAGCUCGCUUUAUAGGAUCGGAAACACCACGAUGGCGUUCACUCCACAGUUCAUUGACAGCCACUCCUUCUAUGUGAACCUCGAUGUCAACUUCACCCUCGACGAGUUUCGCUCCAACGUGGCCUUUCUGAGACGUGUUUGGGCCUAUCCCGGCCGACCCACUCUUCUCCUUCCCGUUGCUGAGAGAUUUGUCCGACCAGAAUCCGACUCCUUACUUCCCUCCGUGGUGACAGUCAUUAAAAAGCUGAAGAGUGGAUAUAUCAACGGUACCCGUGUUGCUUUGGGCAAUAUUUCGCAAUUCGAGGCGACAUCUUGCGUUCAGAAGCUCUCCUUCAUUAAGUCAGCUGAGACUGUAAUGAAACGUCAUUCGGUGCUGCGCUCGGGUUCGUUGCGCCAUCGUCGGCUCACACUCGCCUCGCCACAUUCGCGCGGUGUGGAAUUUAGCUCGCCCACCUGUCUUGGCGACCAGCAGUCGACCUACUCCAGCCUCGCCUCCACUCCCACAGGGGCGAGCGGUCUCAUCUCGCCCGGGGGCACCCAUCUCCUCUCCGACGGAAGAAUGCGUGAUGAGCACGAGGGUAUGCAGCGCACCAGCCUCCGGCGUAAAUCCCUCGCCCUUGCUUGCGCCGUCUCCGUGGAUUUGGCCAUUGCUGAUGAUGACUCGCGUGAAAUGAGUCGUCGACGGGGUUUUUAUUUUGCCACUCCCUACUACGGCUCUAAAUGUGAGGACGAAGAGGCGGGGGAAGUGGGAAACCGUGAAGUCCACCACCACCAUCGUUACCCCUCACCAUUCAGCGUGUAUUGUCGUGGCGAGUCUUCCAGCCUCUGUAGCAGCCGUAGCUACAGUUGCAGCACCACUCCGAAUCGCACUCCCCAACCCUCCGGCCCACCCCCCUGCUGCAACCACAGGCGCAGUCGACCUCGUUUCCUACGCAGUCGCUCCACGUCUGUGGAUGCUCUUGGCCCCAAAGAAAUUAGUUUUGAUGAGAAGGGAUACCUGACUGGUUUGCACGAUCACGAUCCCACCUUAACGGAACGGAAGCAAACUGAUGAAGAGAUGACCUUGCAACGUCUGCGUGUGGGCGAAUUGCCUAACUUUUCGGACUCCAGCUACGAGACAGCCUUCCGACGCAUCAUAAUGUGUCCGAAGGACAAUGCUGCAGGCGACGGCGAUGGCGGAGGUCUUCAGCGCCCCACAAACCUUCGCUUUUCCACACGGACCAGUCAGUCACGCAAGACCUCCAGCGGUCGCAGCUCACAGAGUGGAGGUUCGGCGGGCAGCACAGGCGCCGACGUCAGUUGCGAGUGGUUAGCCAAUCUCAACGCUGAGCAGAUGGUGGAGUAUCUCCAACAAACCGGGAAUUUGGCCAAACAGGCCGAGAUUCUGGGCCGACUGAAACAGAUGAAGGGCUUGGACUGGGAUACGGGUAUGGACAGCGAAACGCCCGCAACUGUCCGUAGUCUUCUCAAGGAGGUAUAUCAGAAGGCUUGCCAGCUUCAGGAUUGGUUCCUCCUCCGCUACAUUGGCGGAUUGUUGGAGAAGAUUGCAGACCAGUUGGCCACGGCAGUGUCGAGUAUUUUGAUUUUACAAAAACAAAUCACGGUGGGGUUGCCACCGAAACCCAGGGAGAAGGUUAUCAGCUCUCCACUGCCUCCGGCUCAAAUAGCUCAACUCAUUCAGGAAGCCUGUGGGGAGGAUAAUCUUAUGGCGAUGCUUACGCAGGAACUUCUCCUUCACCUCUCCAUGUUCGCGCGCUCGCACCCCAAGCUGCUGGCCAACGUACUGUGCCUACGCACCGGUCUCAUUAUCAAACUCAUGGGCACGGAACUGGCCCGCUCCAUGGAGAGCUCUGUGGAGGACGCUCUCCUCGCUCUUUUCUACAUGAGUCCCUACGAGACCAACUGUCUGCUCGCAAACCUCCUUUCUGGUAACGAGAUUAGAGCCGUCAAGAUAGGCAAGUGCAGACCAACCCUUCUUCUUCCCCUUUCAGCCUCCUCACGCCGCAAGUCUUCGGCUUUAUUAAAGGUGGACUCACCCUACGAUCUCUCGUACCUGACAUCGCCAACCAUGUCAAUUCCGCAGAGCCCCACGAGUACUCUACGCAGCGCGGGCGGGACACGGGCGCGAGCCGGCUCUCUGGCAGUCACGUCUGUCGAGCCGCCGGGUGAAGUGCGCGAUUUGUGGUCACGGCGACGCAAAAUCGAUGGAGCACUUAACCGUGUUCCACCGCAGUUCUUCCAGUGCACCUACACCAUCCUCGAACGCCUUCAAGGACUCCGUAUUGGUGAAAAUACGCUAACCACUUCGCUCACUAAAGAGAUGACCAAGGAAGAACUGAAAUUUGCGCUAGUGGUGGAGUCCUUCAUCAAUACUGUACCGACGCCGGAGUAUCGCCAGUUAUUGGUGGAGGCUACCACGGUUCUUGGUGCCUUGGUUACCCACGACGAGGAUGCGCGGAUUCAACUCAAUUGUAUCGUCUCCCUUGACGAUCUUGUGGCUAAGGCCAAUCGCAUCUUUCUGGAGGAUCAGGCUGCCCACGGGGCCAACGCGACGGUGUGCUGCGCCAACCACCUGGUACGCGCCUCCAGGUCGGCGUCGGGUGGCACAAAGGGCGAGAACAGUGAACUCUCAACCACGCCAACGGAGUCCAAUCCCUCGGGGGUUACACGCAAGAUGGGUGUAGUGGGCGGUGGCCAGGUCCCGCCGAUCCCGGUGCCACCGCAGCAGAAGUGUCGCGGUUCGCACCACAUCUGCCAUUUCUUCUACGACACCCCACCGGCUGGUCGAUUCGGCACCAUGGCCUACAUGGUCCGCGCGCUCUCUGUCAUCAUUGGGGACUCACUACCCCUCGGCAACUCGGGAAACAUUGCAAUCAACUGCUCAGUCGCGUCGGCAAAAUGA